AUGGCGCGCUCAAACAUGGUGCCGAGCAACAUCAGGGAGUUUUACAAUGGCCUCCUUCGCAACCGCACAUGCACCAACAAACUGGCCACGGGCUUUUACAGCACUAUUCCAGGAACCAAUUCCUUCUCCUACUGUGGCGACCAUCUCGCCGACUAUAAUGUCGUCUACAUCCAGGGAACCAAUGCCCAGCUGGCCGACAUGGACGUAGACUGCGACGGCGCGAUCCAAAGCGGCAGCGCCGAAAACGACGGCCGCUGUCCCUCAAGUAGCCCGUACCGGUCCAGCCAGACGGCUUUCCGUGACACUGUCCAGAGCUACGGCAAAGGGAUACAAGAUCUGGACCCUAAUAUUCAUUCGUUCAUUGUGUUUGGUAAUGAUUUCAACAGAGGCGAUGUUGGUGGGCCUGGAAACGGAGGGCCUGGUGGCCCCGGAAGUGGUGGCCCCCCUGGCCAUGGCGGCGGCGGCGGUCCUCCAGGUCAUGGUGGCGGUGGAGGUCCUCCCGGUCAUGGUGGCGGUGGAGGUCCUCCCGGACACGGAGGAGGUGGCGGUCCUCCAGGACAUGGCGGUCCACCAGGUGGUGGUCAUGGAGGACCUGGAGGUGGUAGUGGAGGCGGUCACGGCGGCGGAGGCCAUGGCGGAGGUGGCUGGGGAGGCGGUCGGGGAGGCCACGGCGUACAGGAAGUGGCUGCCAUUUCUUUCGACCCCAAGAACUACGGCAUCCAGCCCUUGAGCGUCAUGGCAGUCGUCUGUGAUAACAAGCUGUUCUACGGCGUCUGGGGCGACACUGCAGCAGCCGACCCUCCCCUUGUAGGCGCGGCCUCUAUCUCGCUCGCAACGGCCUGCUUUGGUCGCGGCAUGUCUAACGAAGAAGGACAUGAUGCCAAGGAUGUUCUCUACAUUGCGUUUCCUGGAGCCGACGCCGUUCCUGGUAGAGACGGCGCCGCAUGGAGAGCCAAUACUUGGACUAAUUUCCAUGAGAGUAUCGCCGCGCUCGGCGAUCGGCUCAUCCAGCGGAUCCCGGGGUCAGGCAACUGGACCCGGCCUCCGAGCUACUCGAUGACGACCGCUGGAUAA